CCGCCCGGCCUUUGUGUGAAAAGAGCGGCGACGACGCUGGCUCGACGCUACGCUCGAAGUGCGCGGCGAGCGAGGAGGUAAAGCCUGCUUGCACCGGUCGCUGCGCGGAGUUGGCCCGCGAGGUCUCGGCUUGAGUCGUCGAAAAAACGCUCCGCUCGCGCCACAAAGCCGCGUGCGUGUUGGUCCGGCAGCGAGCUCCAGCGUCGGUGCUCCUCCCCUGGCGAAUAGCAGACGACGCGGAAACGAGCCCGCUCGUUGUCAACCGCUGUUCCUCCGUUGCCGGCAACGACGAGCAGUCGGAAUUGCAGCGACGGUCCCCCGGUCAUCCACUUGCCGUCGAAAUGCAUUGACCCGGCUCGAGCGUCGGUCGGUGCUCGCGCUGACGGCUGGCUGGUGUUGCGCCAGCUAGCUACCACCCGCGUACGGCGGCGCGGUCUGCGCGGUUCGUCCGCUCGCAACCACGAUUACGGUGCUGGUUCUGGCACGGGCUACAUCUUCCUGGCAACGCGGUGUGUGACUGAUAGUGUGCCAAGACAAAACACGCUGUCGUUGCCGCAACGGUCCCGCACCAGUGCCUCUUCAUCGGAUGUGCCGUCCCUUCUUUCCGUCUCGAGGGAGAUGGUUUCUACACGCUGCUCGACGCCGAUGACUAGCGCUGUCGACGUCUUCCAGCUGAAUCUUCUCGAGUGACAAGUUUGUUAGCGGUGGAGUGACUGAGCGGGCGGGACGACAAGGAGCGUCCUUUCACAUCUCCGAGUGCAGAGGAACGAGGCGAGGCUCUGUGUGUGCGGUGCUUUCCUAUCCGAGUUUCAUUUUGCUUGAAGAAGAGUAGCUCAAGUUCAGUGGCUACGUGUGUUGACAGCUGCGGUCUGAACGUCCCGCAAGUGUGUUCGUCGCCGUGACUGACGGCCAGGCGACUAUCCUGCUCGCGCAACGCUGUAUGGCGUCCAGUCCCCGCGUGCUCUUGUCGAACGGUUCCGGCGGCAUGGUGGUCUCCCAGGGCAAGGUUCGGGCUGCUAGCCCCUCCAGGGAAGACUCGGGCAACGAUUCGGAUGGCACCGCCGCCGCCGCCGGGACCAAGGGCGAUGCCACCGGAUCGUCGUACCGCAAGCGGCCAGUGCUGGAAGACUUCGAGAUGAUCAAGACGAUAGGAACGGGAACUUUCGGCCGCGUCUGCCUGUGUCGUGACCGGAGCGGAGCUUUCCACGCCAUGAAGAUCCUGGAGAUCUCGGACGUCAUCCGGCUGAAACAGGUCGAGCACGUCAAAAAUGAGAAGGCCAUCCUACUCCAAGUGCAACAUCCUUUCAUCAUCCGCAUGUCCUGGACGCACCACGACGCAACUUGCCUGUACAUGCUGUUCGAGUACGUCUCGGGCGGCGAGCUGUUCACGUACCUGCGCAACGCGGGUCGCUUCACAUCGGCCACGGGAUCCUUCUACGCGGCUGAGAUCGUGCUCGCCCUGGAGUACCUUCACCGGAUGCACAUCGUGUACCGGGACCUCAAGCCUGAGAACCUCCUGCUGGACCGAGAGGGGCACCUCAAGAUAACCGACUUUGGCUUCGCCAAGAAGCUGCACGACAGCGACUGGUCGUUGCUGGCGAUGGCCGUGGCACUGCGCGGAGGAUUGAGGAGCCAGUCGCCGCCGCUGCGGUUGGUUGCCGAAAGGGACGACCUCUCAGAGGAGUCAAUUAGGACGUGGACGCUGUGCGGCACGCCCGAGUACCUGGCACCCGAGAUAAUCCAGAGCAAGGGACACAACCGCGCCGUCGACUGGUGGGCGCUGGGCGUCCUCAUCUACGAGAUGCUUGCUGGGUACCCUCCUUAUUUCGACGACAACCCCUUUGCCAUCUACGAGAAAAUCUUGGCCGGAAAAGUGGAGUGGCCAAGACACAUUGAUCCCGUUGCAAAAGACCUGAUAAAGAAGCUCCUGGUGAACGACCGGACGAAAAGGCUUGGAAGCAUGAAGAACGGUGCCGAAGAUGUCAAGCGGCAUAGAUGGUUCAAAGGGACGAACUGGGAAGACGUCCUCGAAAAGAAACUCAAGCCCCCCAUCGUGCCUCGCGUGGCCCACGACGGAGACACCCGCUACUUCGACCGCUGCCCGGAGAGCAAAGUGGUGCCGAGCGAGCACGGACUGACGCCGAAGGAGCUGGCACUCUUCGACGAUUUCUGACUCACGCAUUUAUAUUUACCGAGCGUCGCGCAAACAGAUCGCAAACACACAAACACACGCAAAUGUCACACGCACACACGUGAAUGUUCUGUGGUCAGCAUUCCCGUGUCAACCUUUUUCACUUCCAAGAUGGAGCUUUGCUCGUCCGACCUUCUUGCAUCAAUUUCUCCAAAGACUACAUUGUUGCCGUGCUAUAGACCGCAGUUCCAUUUUAUUUCUGCGCUGGAAGCGAACUGCGCCGAAUUGUCAGCUCACUUGAGCUCGCGUCGUUGAGGCCAUGCGCUCAUGAAUACUAUAUUAUUGUUGAUACCGUCCGAUCAGACAAUGACAUUUUAAACUUCGACGUUUGUUCAGAAAAAGAAGAAAAGUCACCUUUCUGACAGAUUCCCUUUUUGUUAUUUAAGAGCUCUGAAACUCUGAACUUCUGAAACUUCUGCACGCAGUAAAGUCCAUAUUGUUUCGCUCACCUUUACCUGUCGUACGAAACAGGCGAGCACCUAUAGGUCCGCCGACUUGCCGCUGCUGAAGAUGGAGGGCCUUCGUUUGCGAACUCGAACUUUUCGCUCGUCAAAUACAAGUUUCGUUCACUGGAAAUACUUAUGUAAAUGCAUAUUUACGCAAGACUUACACAGCGACAAACGGUCGGCCUCGUUAGACCGGAGCCGUUCUUGGCGAUGUGGGGUGGGAAACCAAAGCCUCGCCACUUUCAACAGCAGCGAACCGGCAGAACAGAGUGCAUGCUCACCGUAUCCGUACGAGAAGAUGAGCGGAAAAACCUGCGAUUUUACUUACGCGUUUUCCUCUAUUUCUUUCAUUUUUUUUUAAAUUCGAGAAUACUGUGAAAGAAGUAGGCGACUAUAGCAGAAUUUUCAGAGUUAUUUUUGUUUUUUUCGGUUACCAAGGCAGGUUCAUCUGGUCAGCCUGCGUGGGCUUUGUAACUGCAGAAAAGGCCGUCGUUAUACUACACGCCUACAAAUGUAACAAAAUGAGGCAUUUUACACAGCCAAUA